CCCCUCUCUCUCUAAGGACCUGGAGCUGGCCAGUCAUGUUCCGAGGGAUCAGAGCUGUCUGAUUGGCUGCUGCAACAACCUAGAAGAGCCCAGCAGUUACCACAGCCAGACUGAGGAUGAGGACUAUAUGUUGGAGAAACCUCUGGGCUACCUACCUCUCCACCAUGAGCUGGACAGUGGCCUGGGCUGGACCGACGGUAGCCUGCACCAGGGAGACCUCUCUGGCCUGGAGACAGAGGAGGGGGGUCUGGAGGAAUGUCACCCCAGGGGAGGGGGCCUGGCGGUCAGUGGAGGAGGGGGUGGAGGUGGAGGGUCUCCAUCAUCUGAGUCCUUCAUCUCGUCUGAGCUGAGUGACUCAGGGUUCUACAGCGUGAGCACGGGAGAGUUCCGCCGCUUCCAGAGGCUGUUAGAGAAGCGCAUGUGCCUGUACAAAGCUCGUCUCCACCACCAGAGGGAGGUGUGCGAGCGGGAACGCCGCGACAGCUGCCAGAAGAACCACAGAGAGCUGCUUGAAGCCAUCCCUGAGGCACUGACCAUGCAGCCCCAGCCCUCCUGCUCCAUGCCUGGCCUGGCCGCUCCAUCCAUGGGCCCUCCACCCCACGGACUCUUCAGGGUGUCGUCCGUCCAGUUCCGGAAGGCGGAUCGUCCCUGUCUGAGCAGACACAGCUCAAGUAGCGGGUCCCUAUUCAACCCUCACCACGCCCCUGCGCCCCUCUCUGCCCAUGCGCCUGUCCUCUCCACUUGCAGUACCCCCUCCGGCCACCGCAGGCCGCCACCUCCACUGCAGCACCAGGGCUCCAGUUCAAUGGGGCAGCUGCGGAGAAGUAGAACCCUGCACCACCGUGGCCCACCCCAGGAGCGUGUCAGACGGGCCAGUCACCCGUCCUCCCCCUCUUACGCCACCCUGCAGCACUGUGGA